AUGCCGUCGAGCCUGUUCGGAGAGCUGGGCGGGGGGCUGGUGGAGGACCCGCGCGCCUUCCAGCUGGCGCUCGAGCUGAGCAUGUUGAACUUCGGCGAGAGCCUGCCGGCCUCCAACCCGAUGGCCAGCCCGCUGGGGUUCGCGCCGCCGCCCGACGACCGCGCCAAGAAAUCACAGAACAUGACGGAGUGCGUGCCGGUGCCUUCCUCGGAGCACGUCGCGGAGAUCGUCGGCAGACAAGGUAGGCAGGGCCCGCCACCCUUACAUAAGGCCCUACACACGUGCCGCCGGCCGGCUUCUAGGUUAUGUUCGACCAGCCCGGCCCUCGCCGCUGUGUUUUGUUUGUUUACCCGCUAA